AUGCAGCAUCAGCGGCGGCGGCGGCAGCAGUUGGAAAACAAAAUCGGUAGACGGUUGGCUGGGCGGGCUUGCUCGGUUAGCGAGAAACUCUUGUUAGCCACCCGUUUGUCGGAUACCAAAUGCUCCGACAACAAGAAAGCCGCUAAAUCCCUUCGGAGUUUUUGUUUCUACCAUAAUGCACGGCACAGCCAAACAAAAACAGUACCGCACGACAGACAGCAAGUGCUUCCACCACCUAGUGCUACUGUGGCUAGCUCAAGCUACCUCACCUACCUUGGACUUGAUCCUUUCUUGUCAAUCUUUGCCCGGUGCAGCCAGCACUAA